AUCUACAUCUGUACAUUCUCCACACCGCGAUUUGGAUCUCGAAUAACUCUUUCACAGGAAGGAUCGUGAUCUUGGGCAAUUCGCGCAAUUCCAGCGAUGGAGUUUGCGUCGAUCGAAUUGGAAAUUGGGUAAAGGAUUGAGCAGCAGCAGGAUUGAUAUAGAUGCGGUGCGCUUGAGAGGACGAAAGAGCUCGCCCUAAUUUUUGGCAUUUAGAAGAUAUCGAUCCUCGGACCCUUUUAUAGAGGAGGAGGAGCGAUGGGCGGCUUUAGGGCAGUGCUAUGCGGUCCGGCAAGGGUUGAGGCGUUCUUGGCACGGCCGCUCGAGGCGCCAGGCUGCGGCUGCUAGAGGGGAUUCGGCGCCCUUGAUUUUGGGCUUCUUCGCCAUGCAAGGGCUAUUCAGCGGCCAGAAUCUGAGUGACAAGCUCGUCAAGCUCAACAGCACGCAGCAGAGCAUCGAGACUCUGUCACAUUGGUGCAUUUUUCAUCGGAAGUAUGCAAAGCAAGUCGUGGAUAUUUGGGAGAAGGAGUUCUUCCAGGCGCCGAGAGAACAACGCGUCCCUUUCUUGUUCCUCGCCAACGACAUCUUGCAAAACAGCCGCCGAAAGGGCUCGGAGUUUGUCUCCGAGUUUUGGAGAGUCUUGCCGGGUGCGCUCAAGCUCGUCAUGCAAAAUGGAGACGAUAGCAACCGGAACACGAUCCUUCGACUGAUUGAUAUAUGGGAGGAGAGGCGGGUUUUUGGAUCUCACGCUCACGGCCUGCGAGUGGAGUUACUGGGAAAAGAUGACGCCAAGAACAGUGAUGCGCUUAUGCCAGAAAAACUCGUUGCAGUGUACAAAGCGUUUCAAGACAAACUAACUGACGAGGACGCGACGGUCUACAAGUGCCAAACCGCGGUUCUUCACAUGGAUGCCUUUGAAAAAGAGAUAGACACAACGACCAUAUCAGGGCAAGAGAGUAGCAUUAUCUUGAUAGAGGAGCUGCAGCAGCGAGAAACAAUCCUUUUGGAGUGUGCUCAGCAGCUGGAAGCUAUAGAGAUUGCCCGCUCCAGCAUUGUUUUCCAGCUUAAGGAAACUCUCCGGGACCAGGAGGACAAGCUCGAGAGAACACGACUUUUGCUCCAGGCUGCUCACACUCACGCCGACCAAGCUAGGAUGAUGCAGCAGCAAAUCUAUGACGCUGCUAGCGGCCAAGCUUACCAGCCAGUAGUAGCGAAUGGCUCGACUGGCGGCGGCGGCCUUCUAGCUCACCACCAUCACUACGACUCGAGCAUCCAGCACCAGCAGCACAGCGUCCCAUCUCUCUUGAGCAGCGAAGCCGAGUGUUACGUCCCGACCGAGGCGAAGAUGUUUGAUCCGGCCGCCGCGGCCGAGGUCGCAGCUAAGCUGGUAGCGUCGAGCUCGUCGGCAGCGAUGAUCUCGUCUGUCUUGUCGUCCCUUGCAGCGGAGAAUGUGGUGAAACUACAAGAUCCGCAAGACAAACAGCAGCAGCAGCAGCAGCGAAACUUUGAUGAUCCGACCGAGAACUACGGUCAAAACCCAGAAGAAGUAGCGAUCGAGGAGGAAGUAGAAGAGGAGGAAGAUCCGGGGCGAGAGCCGCCAGAGAAGCGGCAGAAGGUGGAUGAGGGCGAGGAGGAGAGUGAGUCGCUCUUGGGGCCGGCGGUGGAGCUGGAAGAAGAAUUUGGGGAGGAGGUAUCGGCGGCAGAAGUGACGAGCUCCAUCCCAUUGUCGCCGGCGGCGGUGGUGGCGGCUGUGGCGGCGCCGCCAGCGACAGAAGCGGUGACGACCGCGACGGCGGUGGCGACAACGAUAAUGGGCUCGUCAUCGUCAAUGUUACUUCCCUUUAGUUUUGGAGGGCAAAGCUUGGGAUUCCCAUUGCCAGUGGCGGCGCCGCCGGGCUGUGCUCCAGCGAGCGAUCAUACAAGCACUAGUUUGUUUGCUCUCCCGCGACAAUGAUCUUCCUCCUCUAAGGGCUAUAAAAGGUUUGGUGUGCUCGCUGGAUUCGAACCCCCGUUCUUUUAGGGUUUAUGGAUUUGCAUCUUUUAGAAUAAAGGUAUCCGGCCUUUUAGGGUUCUACGGAA